UGUUUUAAGUUUUAUGGCCCUUGCAAGUAACCCAGGGCUUGGCAUAUGACCAGGGAAACAUUGUAGCCCAUGCACCUCCCUUCCAAAUUACACUGAAGGUCUGCCGGCUGUGAUUUGUAUAUAAAUAGCAACAGCAGAGCACAAGUGGCGAGUUCAGAAUGAGUUCUGGGUAAACUGAGAUCUUUCUUGCGGCAGAGAUGUGAACUUCCCUAUCGCAUACAAGCAUCGGGCAUCAUGGGCAGUAUUGUUUGCUGUGAGUGCUGUGGACGACUUGAAGCUAUCUUCCGAAAGCCAAGUAUAAGGUCAGACUCUGAAUCUGCCUCACUUUUACAGGAUUCAUCUAGGAGGUCAUCCAGCUUUACCCAAGAUUCCUCCAGGGGCUGCUAUGGCACACUCCAUUAUCGCCAGCAGGAGAUUUCAGCUGAAGCUAACCCUGAAGAAUUGGAUGGCAAAGGCCGUCAUGACUCUGAGGAAGAUGAGGGGAUAUGUGAAUGCGAGAAGGUUCCUCUCCCCUGUUCGGAAAACUCUUCAGAAUCUUCCCAUGCUUUCAGUGCCUUUCACAGUGACCUUCUAGUUGGCAUGGCAGAUGAGCAGGGCCCUCCUCCCUCGCUGUUGGCAUGUGCUACUCCUCUGAACUUUGCUGCACAACAGCUUGAAAGAACUGGGGCAGCAGCUGACCCACCGCUAAAUCUUACACAGACACAUACAGGGUCAGUAGAAGAACAGAGCACAUCUGAUGGUUACUUUGCAAGUUUAGGGUCUUCAUUUAAUUGUAAAGGACUGAAACUUGCCACCCAGUGUCAUAGAAGUAUUCUGGAUGGUCAGGGACUGACUUGUAUAGUAGUAAAAGGAAUACCGGUAAAUCCUAGUCCUACUAUAGUGUUAGACCCUAACAAAGAGAGCCCACAUGAGAAGCUGUGUGCAGUUUGUAUGAAGAAUAUAACGCCAGAGCAUCCGAGUAGCAUGACCUUGAUGAAUGGAGAUGGGGCUACUGAACACCAGACAGAGGGUGAGCCAAAGCAGAAUGGCCAUGAUGAUGGAGAACAGGCAGAAGAUGGAAGUGAACAAGAGGUUAUUGUUAUUCAGGAUACAGGUUUUACUGUCAAGAUUCAAGUCCCCGGGUUAGAGCCCUUUUCCAUUCAGGUGUCCCCUCAGGAGAUGGUUCAGGAGAUCCAUCAGGUUCUAAUGGAUAGAGAGGACACUUGUCAUAGAACUUGCUUCUCCCUGCAGUUAGAUGGCAAUGUGCUGGACAACUUUGCAGAGCUCAAGACUAUAGAAGGCUUUGAAGAGGGCGUUGUUCUAAAAGUUGUUGAAGAACCAUACACCGUUCGUGAAGCCAGAAUUCAUGUACGCCACAUAAGAGACUUACUAAAGAGCCUGGAUCCGUCUGAUGCAUUCAAUGGGGUCGAUUGUAACUCCCUCUCAUUUUUAAGUGUUUUCACAGAUGGUGAUCUUGGAGAGAAUGGAAAAAAGAAAAAGAAGGGGGCUGAACUGGAGCAGAUCGAUUGUACACCACCUGAACACAUACUACCAGGAAGCAAGGAGAGGCCUAUUUGUUCCCUUCAGCCACAGAACAAAGAGUGGAAGCCUUUGCAGUGUUUGAAAGUAUUCACAAUGAGUGGCUGGAACCCUCCUCCUGGUAAUAGAAAGAUGCACGGAGACCUUAUGUAUUUAUAUGUGAUCGCUAUGGAGGACCGACAUGUCAGCAUUACUGCAUCCACUCGAGGAUUCUACCUCAACCAAUCUACAGCCUAUAACUUUAACCCUAAGCCAGCGAACCCCAGCUUCCUCAGCCACUCACUGGUGGAACUACUUAAUCAAGUCAGCCCCAUUUUCAAGAAGAACUUUGCUGCCCUUCAGAAGAAAAGAGUUCAGAGACACCCCUUUGAGAGGAUUGCUACCCCAUUCCAGGUAUACAGCUGGACUGCUCCCCAAGUGGAACAUGCCAUGGACUGCGUCAGAGCGGAAGAUGCCUAUACAUCCCGCUUGGGGUACGAGGAACACAUUCCCGGACAGACCAGAGAUUGGAAUGAAGAACUGCAGACAACAAGAGAAUUGCCUCGUAAGAAUUUACCAGAAAGGCUUUUGCGAGAGAGAGCUAUAUUCAAGGUCCACAGUGAUUUUACAGCAGCAGCUACUAGAGGUGCCAUGGCAGUUAUUGAUGGUAAUGUCAUGGCCAUCAACCCCAGUGAAGAGACAAAGAUGCAGAUGUUCAUCUGGAAUAACAUUUUUUUCAGUUUGGGUUUCGAUGUCCGGGAUCACUACAAAGAUUUUGGUGGAGACAGUGCUGCUUAUGUAUCUCCUACAAAUGAUCUUAAUGGGGUGCGGACAUACAAUGCAGUAGAUGUGGAAGGACUGUAUACUUUGGGAACUGUGGUGGUAGACUAUAGAGGUUACAGGGUUACUGCACAAUCCAUUAUUCCAGGGAUAUUGGAGCGGGAGCAAGAGCAGAGCGUUAUUUACGGGUCCAUUGACUUUGGCAAAACUGUUGUAUCGCACCCAAAGUAUCUGGAACUGCUAGAGAAAACAAGCCGGCCACUCAAGAUUUUAAAACACAAAGUCCUAAAUGACAAAGAUGAGGAAGUGGAUCUGUGUUCCUCUGUAGAAUGUAAAGGUAUCAUUGGUAAUGAUGGACGGCAUUACAUUUUGGACCUUUUACGGACUUUCCCCCCAGACCUUAAUUUCUUACCUGUAGAAGGUGAGGAUAUGCCAGAAGAAUGUAAGAAAAUGGGCUUCCCCAAAGAACACAGGCACAAGCUUUGCUGUCUACGGCAGGAGUUAGUGGACGCUUUUGUGGAACACAGAUACCUCCUGUUCAUGAAGUUGGCUGCUAUGCAGCUGAUGCAGCAGAAGAGCUCCUUACAGGAGAAUGUUGGUUCCCUAGAAAAUGGGAGUCCUGCAACCUCAUCCGAUUCAUCUGCCAAAACUGAGCCUCGGGAAAGCAGCCUGUCUGAGGACAAGAUGGGAGACAGUAUAGAUGGCGAGUCCAAAGUCAAAGAGCUAGCUGAAACUAUGGCUUCCAACAACGAAGCAGUUGAUUUAAAGAGUCGGGAGGUAAUUCGCAAAGCAUGUCAGGCUGUUGGCUCAGUCAGUGAAACAUCAUUUGAUAUUCGCUUUAACCCAGACAUCUUUUCGCCAGGUGUGCGUUUUUCUGAGUGUGCACGGGCUGAAGUGCAGGAUCAAAAACAGUUGCUCAAGGAUGCUGCCUCUUUUGUGCUGACCUGUCAAAUUCCAUGUUUGAUUAAGGACUGCCUUGACCAUAAUGUAGUUCCCAUGGAUGGAGCCUCCUUAGCUGAAGCUAUGCAUCAGAGAGGAAUUAAUAUGCGCUACCUUGGAAAAGUCAUAGAAAUUGUCAAGAAGUUUCCUGUUCCAUCCCAAUUAGAUCAUGUUUAUAAAAUCUUAAUUAGUGAAAUGAUUACAAGAUCUGCAAAGCAUGUUUUCAAGACCUAUCUGCAGGGCGUAGAACUUUCUGGUCUGUCUGCUGCCAUUAGCCAUUUCCUGAACUGCUUCCUCAGCUCUUUCCCCAACUCAGUUGCUCACCUCCCGGCUGAUGAGCUGGUCUCCAAGAAGAAAAACAAGAAGCGCAAAAACAGAAAUCUCAGUAGUGCUGACAACACAGCCUGGGCCAGUGUCACCCCGCAGGAACUCUGGAAGAACAUCUGCUCUGAAGCCAAAGCCUACUUUGAUUUUGACCUUGACUGUGAAAAUGUGGAUCAUGCGGUGGAAGUGUACAACCUGCAAAAGAUUAGCCUCCUCAGAGAAAUCUCUAUUAAAGUUGGCAUUCAGGUUUUGCUCAAAGAGUAUAACUUUGAUACCCGACACAAACCAACCUUUACAGAAGAGGACAUAUUGAAUAUUUUCCCUGUGGUGAAACAUGUCAAUCCCAAAGCAUCUGAUGCUUUUCAUUUCUUCCAGAGUGGACAAGCUAAAGUACAACAGGGUUUCCUAAAGGAAGGGUGCGAAUUAAUAAAUGAAGCCUUAAAUUUGUUUAACAACGUGUAUGGUGCCAUGCACGUGGAGAUCUGUGCCUGCCUACGACUGCUCGCCCGACUCAACUAUAUCAUGGGCGACUAUACCGAGGCCUUAAGCAACCAACAGAAAGCUGUUCUAAUGAGUGAGAGAAUACUGAGUAUUGAACAUCCCAGCACCAUUCAGGAAUACAUGCAUCUAGCGCUGUACUGUUUCGCAAAUAACCAGCUCUCCACUGCGUUAAAUCUGCUGUACAGGGCUCGUUACCUCAUGCUACUUGUAUUUGGAGAAGGGCAUCCAGAAAUGGCUCUUUUAGAUAGUAACAUUGGCUUGGUGCUACAUGGAGUAAUGGAGUAUGACCUAGCCCUGCGAUUCCUGGAGAACGCUCUUACAAUCAACUCCAAGUAUCAUGGAGCCAAGUCAUUGAAGGUGGCACUCAGUCAACAUCUUGUAGCACGUGUGUAUGAAACUAAAGGGGAGUUCCGUUCUGCCUUACAACACGAGAAGGAAGGAUACACAAUAUACAAAAACCAGCUGGGAGAGCAGCAUGAGAAGACCAAAGAAAGCUCAGAGUACUUGAAGUACCUGACCCAGCAGGCUGUAGCUUUACAACGGACAAUGAAUGAGAUUUACAAGAAUGGAUCCAGUGCCAACAUAAUGCCUCUCAAGUUCACAGCUCCCAGCAUGGCCACUGUCCUGGAUCAGCUCAAUAUCAUUAAUGGAAUCCUCUUCAUUCCCCUCAGUCAAAAGGACUUGGAAAAUUUAAAAGCCGAGGUCCAGCGACGUCAGCAGUUACAAGAAGCCAGCAAAGGAGACGAUAAUCAGGAAGCUGACAAUAAAGAAACAGAAGUAACAGAAGCAAGCAAAGCUAGCACUGAUACAGAUGAGACUGUCCAGACACAAAGCUCUGCCUAGCCCUAUUUCCUGUUCUUCUCUCUAACACACUUUGUAGAAGGAUAACCCCUUGGGGGGUGGGGGAGGUUGUCACCAAGGCAUGUAGAUGUAAUAAGGAAAACAAAUACAAAAGGGCAUCUUUGCAACGUUCUUGCACAGAUACACAUGCUGAGAAUUCACAAAGCAAGUACUAAUCUGUGAACUAUCAGUGUAAAGGCUCUAGUAGGCUUCGGUCUGCUGCAACAAGGCCCUUCCGUCCCUAAGCAGCUGCGCUCAUGGGAGAUUUGGGGCUCCUGCCAGCCCAGGCUGGGACUUCAAGGUCUGUAUGUCGGUGUGUGUUUGGGAAAAUCCAUUUCUGCAUUUUGUGGUUUGACUUUAAAGGUAUGGCUUUGUUUAAAGGUGACUGAACAUUUCUCAGGUCGUUUCAUGGAUGGGGACAAGAACCCUUGUAAGGUAUUAGAAGCCAGACUCCUAAAUUCUGGGCCAUGGUGCUGUGUUCUGAGCCAAAUCAUGCAGCUCACAAUCCCAGACCUAAGCCAUAAAAAGAAGCCCCUAAACCACGAUUCCACAUUUAAGUGAAAACUAACAUGGAUAUUGUAUUUUUCCUGAGACAAUUGUUAUGAUUUAGGGGAUGACCUGGUCAUUUUUGUUUUUCAGCAUUUCUUUUUUUUUUAUUGAAGACUUUCAAGUUUUAUAUAUCUGUUAAAGUGUUCCUCUUUAUUUUUAAUGGUGAUACUGUGAUACAUUAUCACGUAGGACUGCAUCAUGUCAGUGUUUUCUUUUUUCAAAGGCUUUCCAGAUUAUCUGUCCAGAUCCAAAGAUACUAAACAACCUACAUGUGUUCUUUUGUCACCUGCAAACUUGUACCUGAAUGUAAAAAAGCAGAUCAUGAUUACUAUGCUGUAUUUUGGGGAGGAAUACAACGCUUGCAGCAAUGAUAAUAAGUUUGUCCUACAAAAGAUUCUAUUCUUUGUGAAAGACGAGGCUGACUAUGGGCAAGUGACCUUAGACGGUGCUUCCUACAUAUCACCAUGCUUUCUUUAUUGGAUACAUGUUCCUCUCACCGUACAGCCUUCCUGCAGUGCUAAAGAAUCUAUGGACCAUUGUCAUUUAAUUUUAAGACGCCCCAAUCAGACUAUUUCAGUAGGAUGUACGUUUCCUCUUCAUUAUAAACGUAUGCUUUUAUUAGGGCUCUAAAGUUGGUCAUCUGUGUGUCAUUAAAGCGGCAUUUGAUUGUAGCACCCAUCUUCACACUUCACUUUAUCAAAUCUCAGAUUUCUAUUUCCUCUUUUUCUUUUUGCACUAAUGUAAGAAUUUAGUGUUCUCUCGCUCCGUCCCAUGAGGAAAAAAAAGUAAUAUCUUAUUGGGUAGGUAAUUAUUUUCUUGACCUUUUUCUAGCCUUCCGUGAAUUUGCAUAGUGAAAGGAUUGCGUGUUACAGCAAAUUGCAGUUAUUUUAUUAGGGAUCAGGUCCAGUAAUGGUUCCUGUAGAAUGGAAGUGAUCUAUAUGUUGGCGCUAUAGUAAGACCAAGAUGACAUUUGAACCUUUCUGCCAGAGUUUGGCAGGGGAUAAAGCUUGCCAAUCUGUGAAAUUGAUAUUAAUCCUGAUCUAACCAGGAUUUUAGUUUUUCCUUUUAACCUAAAGGUGUUAAAACGAUCAUGUUUUAUUUUUUUAGGUUAUGUUUUUUUUUCUCCCAUGUGUUUUCCAGCCAAUCAUUAGAUUGUUAUAUGUUCUUUUUAUUUUUUAAUUAUAUUAUUGAUUUUUUUUUUUUUGGGCCUGCACUGCAAGAGAGUUUAAAUCUAAUUCAGUUGUGGCUAACCUGUAUUAGGGAUCAGAACUUCUCACCGCUAGGCUGCCAUUACAUGCUUUCUGUCACCGGUGGAUCACUGCAGAGCUUAGUGGGAGCUGCCCAACAACUACUGCUGUCCUCUGAUCCUCAUCUGUCAUCGUUGAAAUGCUGCUCAAUACUGCUUCAUGGUAAUUCUUUGGGGCAAAAUAACUUGUACUUUACCAAACCAUGAUACAUAAAAGUACCGUUGUCAUUUGUUCUAAACAUCUUGCUCCUAAAAUUUGAGAAUUUUAGCAUUUAAUAAAUUAAUGACGAUGCAUU